UUACGGCGAGCCUCAGUGGUUGGACGUGGACGGCUGUCAGGGGAUCCAGAAGCCUCAGUGUGACCUCAGCGUCGUGACCUCUGAAACCAGAGAGUGGUACUACGCCAGAGUGCACGCCUCCUCCCUGCCCUCCAGCAAGUCAGCCUGGGCCCUCUCCCCGAGGUUCAGCCCGCGCUGGGACACCAAAAUCAGCUCUCCCAUACUGAGGCUGAACCUCACGGAGCAGGGGAUUGUGGUCCGUGUGAGGCCCUCCAAGCUGCUCGUCCGGAGGCUGCACAGCAGCCUGCAGUACAAGAUCUACCUCAUGCACGCCAGCGGAGAGGAG